UCUUUGUUAUCAAGCAAGCGCUUCGACGUGAAAAUGUGUAGAGAUUGUCAUUUUGAUCACGUUAGAAGUACACGACUAAAAGUUUGAUGGUUACCUUUCACAUACUUUGCAAAUUGAGUCUGAGGAAUGUUUUGGACGAUCCAGAUCUGAUUAAAGACUUUGGUGGAAUACAUCCUGAGGAUUUUUAUAUGACUUUCAUUUGUGAUUAACAUUUCUAUACUGUAAUUCACAGUUUCACAUUGGAUUUAUUCUCCGGUAGAAGUCUUAACUGUGAUCUUCAUGAAUGAUGACUUAAAGCUGUUUAGUUUUUACCGGUUGUUUAGCUUCGUAUGUUGGUAUGUAGACAGAACUUCAGAAUGACGAUCUCUCACGGUCUUCUCGUCGUCCUCACCAUCAUUGUUGUGGAAUUAAUUGCAAGCGCUGGCAGUGUAUGUCCAAAGGUCUGUACAUGUAAGAAACGCACUAAAAGCGACGAACGCGGGAAUAAGGAUGUUUCAUGUUCUUCGCAGACAUCGGUUCCAGAUGGGUUGCCAACAAGUACAUAUAAACUUGAUCUGAGUAAUAAUGACAUCACCAUCCUAAAAAGAGGAGAUUUUGAUAGAUUGGGUCAAAUUAGAAAAUUGGACUUGAGCAAUAACCGCAUAUCUAUCAUAGAACCAGAUGCAUUUUUACCACUUGGGAAGUUAAAGAAACUGGAUUUGUCAAAUAACAAUCUCAGGACAAUAAUCAACAGUUCCUUAUUCAAUGGAUUGGACAGUCUGGAAAAACUGAAUCUGUCGUUCAAUUUGAUAUCACGGUUUCCAGAAAAUUGUUUCAACAGCGUUAAUCUUCCAAAGCUGAAAUCACUGGAUUUCCAAUCUCCAUAUGUGCUGUGUGAUUGUAACAUGACAUGGUUGCUAAAAUGGAAGCAAGAAGAAAAUGUGAAGAUCUCCAACACAACAGUCUGUGAAUAUCCUGUGUCCUAUCACAAGGAUGAAGUUGAUUCUCUGAAUAGGAAAGUUUUAAAUUGUAGUACAUUUGUAUGGGGCAAAACUGUUGCUGGUUUUACAGUUCGAGUUCAUUGUCCAUUUGGCAGUGAUGCUGGGCAAAAAUAUGGAUCUCGGAUGUGUGAUUUUAAUGGGAAGUGGCAAGCUGUGGAUACUUCCCAGUGUGUUUAUGUUGAUCGCACUACAAGAUCCUUACAACGCCUCGCACAGCGGCCUUGUGCCAGUACUGAUCAAGCUUUGUUAAUUGCCAGAGAUUUGGAAAUCCAGACAUCAGAUGCUGGAAGUUUCACGGAUAAAGUUAACAUCAUUUUCGUUGCUGAAGCCUUGGAGAAGGUCGUUGAAUAUACGAGUCAAGAGUUGGGACGGAUCAUGAUCAAUAUUGGUAGUAAUAUAAUGGAGGUAAAUGAAAAUGUUUUGAAGGCAGCACAGGUGUCUAAAAAAGCAUGUAGCAGGAUUGUGCUGUCGCUGGAGAGGUUUGCCAGUUCCACAAGUACGCAGUCGCUAGAGCACUCCUCAUCAAAUAUCCUGUUUAAAUCGUUCAACGUGACAACUCCAGGUUUCUGGGGCAUGACAUGUGUUGCUGUCAAGCUGCAGGCUCCAAGGGCCUAUGGUGAAGAUAUUGAAAUGUUAUGUAACACUGCCAAUAAAACUGUUAAGGAAUUUAAUGGCAAGACAAAGAAAGUGGAAGCCGCUAUACAGUUACCUGCUAAUAUAUUCCGUGGACUGUCCGCAGGGAAUGCUGACAUUUCCCAGUCUAAAUACACACUAUACGUCUUCUUUUAUCGUAAUGGUAGAUUAUUCCCAACACAAGGCAACAGUAGCAAUCUGAUUAGUGAUGAGGCUGGUACGAGGUUUGUUGGCAGUUACGUAAUAUCAAGCAAAAUUGCUGGUCACGUGGUAUCCAACUUGAGUGACCCUGUGGUGCUAACAUUUCAUACCAAGCAGGGCAUUGAGCCCAUAGCUGCUUACUGGAAUUUCAGUGCUUUAGGAUCUCAAGGGGCAUGGUCAUCAGAAGGCUGCAGUGUUGUGAAGUCAACGAAGAAUCAAAGUGUUGUGCAUUGCAACCACAUGACAAAUUAUGCAGUACUCUUGGAUGUAUCUGUGAAAGAUGUUGUUGAUUCCAUGUGGUGGAAUGAUGGGUUUCUUCAUCCUGCCAUCUACCUGGGCAGCUUCAUCUGCUUUCUUCUCGUCCUUUUCAAUCUCAUCACCUACAUCAUCUUCUGCAGCAAGAUCCGAAUGAAGAAGCGAUGUCUGCACGCUGUCAUCAACAUCUCACUCGGGAUCCUCCUCCUCCUAAUCUUCUUUGCUGGCGGUAUCAACCGCAGUGCCACGCCCCUUGUCUGUCAGAUUGUUGGAAUCGGACUGCACUAUACCACCAUCGGCACUCUGCUCUGGAUUGGUAUAUCGAUCAGAAACAUUAUGAAAUCACUCAGUAGAAAGCGUAGAAUGGUAACACUGGGGGAAAAUCCCCUCCCACCUAGGCCCAUCAUUAGAUUCUACUUCAUAGGCUGGGGAAUCCCCAUUAUUGUGGUUGGCAUUACGGCUGCAGUCAAUUUAGAGAACUAUGGCGGACCAGAUGUUUGUUGGCUCAAAUUCAAGGUCAGCUUACUGGCGUUCUCUUUCGUAGUUGUAUUCAUUCUUCUUGUUCAGUUUGUCUUUAUCAUUAUGGCGUCUCUCCGGAUACAGCGCUUGCCAUCGUCGCAUAAAUAUGACGCACGUAUCCCUUCUCUGCAUUUCACACCUGAUCAGACACAAAUCACAACAACAUCUGAGCAGAUCUCGCAAACUAAAGACAGUGUGCGCACUGUAGAAACAGAGCAACCAUUUCUCAACGACUCUGAAUCUAUUGCAACGCACCACACAACAGCCGCGUCUGUCAUAUCAAGCGUUUUGGAUCACGAACACUCAUAUCAAAAACAAUUACGAGGGAUGGUCCUGCUGCUGUUUUUGUACAUUUUGACUUGGGUAUCUGGCGCCCUUGCAAUAAGCCAGAAAGGGUUUUUCUAUUCUAUUUUUAGCUAUGUAAAUGGACUAAUGGUGAUCAUACUUGGUCUGUAUAUAAUAAUUUUCUUCUGUUUUAUGCGCAAUGACGUUAAGUAUUGUUGGAAAGUUGCAUUUGGAUGUCAAAAGCGGCGGGCCUUCGAUCCACAAAUGGCCAUGUUGUCGUCUGUGACUGCCAAUGGAAAUGCUAAUGGUGUUUGUCGCAGGCAGUCCACAAGUAGUUUGGACUCAACUUUUACAAACCGUUCAAGUAACACAAAUAAUCCAUCUUUUAAGUCGGGAUCACGAAGGACCACGUCAAAGUGUAAUUAUGUCCCGGCACAUACAAUAACAGAUAUGUCAUUGCAAGAAGACAAUAGUGUGCGAGAGACGCCAAUCCUCACAGGUCCAGAUAUGCGUAGUAACGGCCAAUUGUACAAUAGGUACCAACUUCAUCAGAAACGUUCAAGGCCGAAACAUUACAAAUAUGCACGGUAUUCACAACUUUCACGUGAUUCAUCAGAUAAUGCACAUGAUCAUGCACAACAACAGCAGCAGAUCGUGUGGGGUGGAUUCCAUGACAGCCUUUCCAGUGCACCAGAGAGUCGCAUGUCAGCAUUGGAAGAGAGUCGUGAUGAGAUGGAAGCAAGAGCCAACUACACAACUGGUGAUGCCAGCACUUUAGAAAGAUCUGGUCAUGCUUUCAUGCUUCCUCAAGCAUAUGCUAGACAUAAUGGUCACUCUUCCUUGCCAAAAAUGAUCCAUUCUAACUCGGACCUUUCGCAUGUUAGACGCAAGUCCCCACUUGGGCCAGAGGAAGGACACGUUAAGAGGCAGUCCUCUAGAGAUGAUUUUAAAAAGGCGGCAGUGCAGAGAAAUACAUCAAGAGAAAGUCUUGGACAACGGAGCUCCAAGGCUACAACACCAGAUGUCGGCACAUCUGGAUAUGGCAUCAGUAGUUACAGUUCUAAUGCCACCGUGCAGGAGAUGCAUCCUCUUUCUAAGCAUCUUGUUGAAACAGAUGAUCAUAAAUUAGGUGGAAACAUUGUCGAAACUGAACCUGCAAAAGAGAAGACGGGUGAAGAAGUAUUUAUGAUCACAAAAGAAGUGAAUGGCUUUAGCUUGAAAAGUAAUGGACACACAAAUAAAGAAACAAGUGUUUAAUGGACACUCUAAUAAAGUGAAAUGCAUACACAUGUCAAGAAAUCAAGCAUAUACUUGACACAUAAAUAUAUUUUUAAGCAUGUAUGGGAUACAAAAUUCCAAGAAAACAAGCAUGUAAUGGACACACAAAUACAGAAACAAGCAUUUAAUGGACACACAAAUACAGAAACAAGCAUUUAAUGGACACACAUACAGAAACAAGCUUGUAAUAGGCACAAAUGAAGAAACAAGUAUUUAAUGGACACACAAAUUCAGAAACAAGCAUGUAAUAGACACAUAAAUACAGAAACAAGCAUGUAAUGGACACACAAAUACAGAAACAAGCAUUUAAUGGGACACACAAAUACAGAAACAAGCUUGUAAUGUACACACAAAUACAGAAACAAGCAUUUAAUGGGACACACAAAUACAGAAACAAGCUUGUAAUGGACACAACAGUGAAGAAACAAGCAUGUAAUGGACACAAAUAGAAGAAAACAAGCAUAUAAUAGACACACAAUUGAAGAAAACAAGCAUGUAAUGAACACACAAAUACAGAAACAAGCAUGUAAUGGACACACAAAUACAGAAACAAGCUUGUAAUAGACACACAAAUGAAGAAACAGGCAUGUAAUCGACACACAAUAGAAGAAAACAAGUAUGUAUGGACACACAAAUGAAGAAACAAAUAUAUAACGACCUCAUAAAUACAGAAACAAGCUUGUUAUGGGCACACAAAUAUAGAAACAAGCAUGUAAUGAACACAUAUACAGAAACAAGCAUGUCAAGUGUGUAAUGGACACAGUUAUUAAGUAAAAAGCAUGUAAUGCAGUGGCGGAUCCAGGAAUUUUAAAUUGAGUGCCCCCCUCCCCCCAAGGAAGACCUUUCACAGACUGAGGGUCUAGAUCACUUUAGCCUUACCAUGGUUGGGGCUGAGGUAAGAAAAUGUAUGAUUAUGGUACCUCUUGAAGGCUGGAAUUGGCACUCUCAGAGUUAAAAUAUAGAAUUUAUAAAUUCACUUUUUCUCUCCAUUUUUUUGUUUCGAAGAGUUAGUGGGGCCUUGAGCCGGCCGGGCUCCUGCUUGCAUCCAUCACUGUAAUAGGCACAAGUACAGAAACAAGCGUGUCAUGGGCACAGGGUAACAAAUAUCUAAUAGACAACCAUAUAUGGAAACAACUGUGUCAUGAACACACAAAUGCAUUAAAGAAACAAGCAUGUUAAGAAACAUUUGUAACAGGCCAACCAAAAAAAAAAUAAAAUCAAGACAGCUUUUUACUCCCAUAACUAUGUACUGUACUUGACCAAACUAAGUAUUUUUGCUUUACGUAUUCCAUUACUUUUUGUACCUAUUAAGUCUGAACAUAGUGAAUAUGUAUAUACUCACAAUAUUGUUAAAGAAAAAAUAGUGAAAUAUAUGUAUGUAUAUUGGUAAUACAUGAAAUAAUGAUCUUGUUUUUUAAUUUGUUUAAAUGGAUAUGUGACGAUGUUGCAUACAAGUGCAAUGAUGGUUAGGGAAUUUACCCCCGAUUUCUCUGGGAAAUUUCAAAUUUGUUCAAAUAAUAGAAUUUGAUAGGGCAUCACCACAUUCUUCGGCACAAUCUCAAAGCCAAACCUUGAUACAAUAUUUAAGUGCGGAAACUUAAAUAUGCUAUUUGAUUGCAUUUAUAUAAUAUUUAGAAGAAAAAGUAACAUAACUUUAUAUUAAUUUGUAAUCAUUUUGUUUAUACAAGGUAAUAUGAAAUAUCUUGUACCAUCAAUGAAAGAAGCUGAAAUAGUUAAGUUUAAACUACUUUCACUUUUGAUGUAACAUUAGAAGUGUUGAAGGUUUUCCUUGGUUCCUGUUUUUAAAAAGAAUUUGCAUGCCAUUUCGAGGUGUGGUCUUAGGAGAGAGUAUCCACUUUGAUAUAAUCAUUUUAUUACAAGGUAAUAUGAAAUAUCUUGUACCAUCAAUGAAAGAGGCUGAAAUAGUGAAGUUUAAACUUCUUUAACUUUUGAUAUUAGAAGUGUUGAAGGUUUUCUUUGUUCCCAGUUUUGAAAAAAGAAUCUGCAUGCCGUUUCUAGGUGUGGUCUUAGGAGAGAAUAUCCACUUUGAUAUGUUAUUGCUUUCAUCAAAAUCUAUUUAUACUGUAUAAUGAAGUGCUUUGUAAAUCCCCAAGUUAUGUGUUAUGCACAUCUACAACUAGAAUAUCACUUGCUAGAUGACUUCUAAACUGUACUCAAUUUAUACAGCUAGAAACGUAUUUGAACGUUUUGUAUGAUGUUUAUUUAUAAUGGAAACUCAAAUAUUGUAAACCAUUUGUAAUGUUAUAACAAUAGCAGAAGUUAUGUGAACUCAUUCAAGAUGUUGACUACCUACCGUAAAACCUUGAAUUAAAGCACAAAGGGCUUAAUCUCCAAAAUUAAAAUUAGCCUCCAAAAGAAUCUCCAAAGUUUGCAUAAAAAAAGAAGCCCAGGGCUUCAAUUCAAAGUUUUACAAUAUGUUGUUACAUAUUUCAUUUUAAGAAAGUUAUUAAAUAAAUAUUUUGAGAAAAAUAUAUUUUCCCAUUGAAAUUCAAAUACAAGUCCUCUUCCAUUAAGUCUUUUACUACCUUACAAUUAGAAAACAUACAAAAUGGAUCUGUCUUGGUGUUUUGCAAUCAAGAGUAAACAAUGUAUUUGAUUAAUUAUUUUAUUUUUAAUGAGUUGCUUGUCAAAAGCUACUCUUGUAUAAAAAUAUUCAAGGGGUUUUACAAUAUAGGUCUCCCUCCAAUUGGCUUCCAUGUUCUUCAGCAACAUUGGUCUCAAAUUAGAAUAAUAAAGAUUUUUUAUUAAUAUAAGACCACAGAAAAGUGGUCUUUAAUUAGAGGGAGACCUGUUUACAAGAGUGAUUUUAUGUCCUGUAUUCAAGUGCAAACUACAAAUACUGACAGACAUGGCCAGCACACAUUUUCUUUCACUGCCUCUUCCCUUUGGUUAAUUUUGAAAACAUAUAUAUACAACAAACUCUAAAGGCAAUUUAAGUUUUUGAUUAUUAUGAUUAUUAUUAUUAUUAUUGUUAUGAUGGACCACCUGUUGGGGGAAAAUGUGGCUCCACCCCUGCCUCUAUUGCUCUGAUCUCUUGUCUAUUGCCUAGGCAUGCUGUUUUUUUUAUUAUUACAAUAUUAUGAAGUGUAUCCACAGUGAUGUAUCUUUGGCAACACCCCCACUAGAACAUUAUUGAGCAAAAAAUUACUCUGAAGUAUUUACAAAACAUUUUUGCUGGCUGGCUCCCCUUACUUGAUCCAGCUUCCCCCACCCCAGCUUCCCCUUGUCAAAUAUUCCUGGACAAGCCACUGUUAUUGAGCAAACUGAUUUAAUGAUUAACAAUUUCUGGUGCAUUUACCAGCACUAAUUAUUAAUAAUAAUUAGUAUUAAUUAUGAGGUACUUAAUUUCUUCAGUUUUGUUUUGAACAAUGUUUUGUUGUGUAUACCUUUAAUAUCCAUGAGUCAGUAUGGUCACACAUAUAUGUUUUAAAUAUAUUUUGCUAGACUCUCAUUUGCGAUUUUGCACAUUGUACAUAAAUUUAAUUAUGUAUGGUAGUGAAAAGUUUUAAUAAUCCAUAUAUGGACAUUUGUAACCUUUUUAAAUAAUUGUUAUGUAUUCAGAACUUAAGUAAAUUAUUAAAGCUAUAUAUACAUAUCUAUAUAUACAUGUAUAUUGUGUAAGUUGUACAGAUUCUUUAGUAGUGUAAAAUAGUAAGCCAGAUCCCAUCGCCUUGUUUAUACUUUGCAUGAACUAUGACCUGCAUAGAAAUACAGUAUUAGUAGUUAAACUUAUUGUUGGUUUUUAAAAAAAGUAUUUAUUACAUAUUUGAAUUUUCUGUUUUUUUACCUGGCAGGUUUUUCUUUGGUUGCUGGAGGAUUGAUUCCAUAUUAAAACUUAGAAAAAAUUCUAA